UUCCCAAUUAUUUAGAAGUGCAAAAUCAUGAAAGAUGUGAGUAGGAGAUCAGCAGGAUUCACUGAAUCUCCCACAGCACUUGGUCCCUGUGACGGCAGUGUAACACCAGACGCAGGUGUUUGGUCAGCGCAGCUGUCUUUGUUGCCCACUCUGGACUGGUCACAGGUUGCACCUAAGCGCAGGAGAUGAGCGAAAACCACAAAACCUACUCAGAUCCCUUUACAGCCCUUCAACAUGUGAUCCUGUUUUCCCAGCAUCCCCUUUCAAUGGUUUCUAAAUGACGCUGACCACAGGUAGCUGUAGGAUUGCAUAGCUUAGAAAGGUGGACUGGCCAAUGAUUACUACAAUGAUUUAACUUUUGAUUUAAAAAUAAAAUAUGAUUCAAUAUGAAUGUAGACUAUUUGUUGUAAACUAGAGGUUAUGAUUGUGGACUACUGGUUGUAGACAAUAGUCAGUGGCACUUUACUUAGAUUGUCUGUCUGCAGAGACUUAUAGAAUAUAGAAUUGUUGUUGAAUAAUUACUGAAUAUCACCUGAAACCAAAUCUAAACCCCAACAUCAACCAUUAACCAGAUUAGGCUGUAGUUAAAAGUGCCAACAGAGUUUGUUGAUAAUCUGAGCAUCUGUAGAUUAUCUGUGGGCGGACUGAGUAAAGUGUGACCCAAUAGUCUUUCGACUUUAAGGUGAACUAUAAAAUGGACUUUGUGUAAAGAUGGCACAGAUUUAAUUUUUUAAUAUGUGUGUAUUGAUAUUAUGUGGCUAUUGCCGUGUACCUUGAUGUAGGGAUCGAUUUUUUACUAAACACUGAAUUUAAAUUAUUUCCCUUUUCAUCAGAAUGUUGCCUCCGUGAACAGGUUUUCUUAACACCGUGUUUGAAUACCAGUAUUUUCUUGGAAAAAUUACAUGUAGUAAAUGGGAAGUAAUUGGAAAAUGGUAGCCUUAUAGUCAGCUGCAUUUUAUGGCCAAAAGAAGCUUGAUCCCGACAUACUUUGAAAAGGAUUUCAUAAUUUAAGUUUCAAAUAAUAUUGAUUGAAAUAAUGAAGCAAUAAUAUUACUGUAAAACACAAAGGAGGUAACGUACCAGUGUGUUAAUGAGACGUUAAUAGGCAUAGCAUACUUUGUCUUCAUUUUGACAAGUGUGAAACCCCCUUCCGUGGUUCAAAAGCUCCCAUAAAGUAAUCAAACGCCUUUUUCUAGUACACCCACUGAGUAAGCUACAUACACAGUAGGCUACAUGAUUAACCCAAGUGAUUUCUUGUAAACUCACUUGCUUCGCAGAACUCCAUUUCCGGAUUGAGUGUGUGUCACGGAUACUACACACUGUGAUUGGAUAGGAUUUUUAUCUAUCCAAUAGUUAACCACUACCAGGCCCGUUCCAUGUGAAUGAAUACGAUAAAGUAGAAACCAGUUUGACAGGCAAUUACUCUCUUCAUCAGAUACCAUAAGAACAGUCAGCAACUUUUUGCGUGCUGUUUUCUGGUUUGGACUUACAGCAGGAGCAUUCACAAGAUGACGUUAAAUACAGGGGGUCGCAGGCUGAAGCAAUGGCUUGUUGAGCAGAUCAACAGCAACCAGUACCCCGGGCUGCUGUGGGAGGAUGAGAGUCGGACCAUGUUCCGAAUACCAUGGAAACACGCUGGGAAACAGGACUAUAACCAAGAAAUCGACGCUUCCAUCUUCAAAGCUUGGGCUGUAUUCAAGGGUAAGUUUAAGGAGGGGGAUAAGGCUGAACCUGCCACUUGGAAAACCAGGCUCCGCUGCGCUUUGAACAAAAGCCCAGACUUCGAGGAGGUGACUGACCGUUCGCAACUGGACAUUUCCGAACCUUAUAAAGUCUACAGAAUUGUACCAGAGGAGGAGCAGAAGAUCUCAGCAGGUAAAGGGACAUUAGCAGCUAUGAACAUGGGUUGCUCCAGUGAAGUGACAGACAUGGAAUGCAGUCCAGCAGAGCUAGAGGAGCUUAUUAAAGAUGUCAAUCAGUGUUCCAGUGAUGAAUACAUGGGCCUCAUCAAAAGAAGUCACUCUCCCCUAGAAGACACUUGUAACAUGCAGCCAACUCAAGAGUGGUGGCACCAGGACUCUCACAAUGUGUUUCCAGUGCACCCAGAUGUUGCACCACUUGGUUCUCUCAACUAUGCCUUCUCCAACAUGCUGAUCUCGUUCUAUUAUGCUGGGAAGCCCAUGGGCAGCUUGGUGACCACCCACCCCGAAGGCUGCCGUAUCUCCCCCUGUCAGCCUCCAGCUAGCAGCCUGAUCUAUGGCGGGGAUAGCUUGCAGAACAUCCGCUUCCCGUCAACGGAACACAUCGAGAACGAGCGCCAGCGGCAGGUGACCCGCAAGCUCUUAGGGCACCUGGAGCGUGGCGUGCUGUUACGGGCCAACCGCGAGGGCAUCUUCAUCAAGCGCCUGUGCCAGAGCCGCGUGUUCUGGAGCGGGCUGGGCGCCCACUACAGCCCCGGGCCCUGCAAGGUGGAGCGGGACGCUGUCAUCAAGAUUUUUGACACAGGCCGAUUCUUCCAAGCACUUCAGAUGUACCAAGAGGGCCAGUGCCCGGCCCCUGACCCCACAGUCACUCUGUGUUUUGGAGAGGAGUUUCAUGACCUCAGCACGGCCAAGAGUAAAUUAAUCAUUGUUCAGAUCACUGCAGUGAAUUGCCAGCAGCUACUGGAAGCAAUGAAUGACCUUUGCAGCUACAGCCUUCCCCAACACCCUGCCUGUUUCCGAGACAACCUGGCUAUUACUGCCUAGGCUCAAACACUGACCACCAGCAGCUACCAGUGGAAGAAGAGGAGCUGGCACAUUGUUCUUUUUUAAGGAUCAUUUUGCAAACAUUUUCCAAGCAUUAAUGAUGAACUGUUCAUAUGCACUCAAAGCAUUAGUAUUGUCGGGAAAUAUUGAUAGCAGAGCAUCACGGGUCUCAAAAGAGCAGCUAUAUAUUAAUGAAACUUGGUGGAGAGUUGUGGCUUAGGAAAGAACCCAUCGAUUUGGUAAUCCAAUUUUUCGGAUCCACACCAACAUUUAAUGGGUUCUUUCUUGGUCCAUUAGGUUUCAAACUUGCUAAUGCAUCUCAGGUUUUAUAAUUAUUAUUAUUAUAAUAUUCAUAAAGCAACUAAACUAUUUUUGCAUUGCAUUAUCCAGCAAAUACAUGCUUAAAGUUUAGGUACAUUAGGUAGGUAAGUUUAGGAUGCUUUUUCUGUAACACUUUUAUCAUGCCAAACUUUGCCAAUGUAAAAUAUAUCAGCCGUAUUGAGCCUCUUUGAGUCUACAGAAGUUCCAUACCUUUAGUAUGAGUAAAUGUUCAAAUGCAUUUUGUCAAAUCUAAAUGGAUAGGUUUUACUAUCUCGUGUUUUUUUCUGUCAGUAUUACUGAAAUAAAGAACUUUAUCUUUCUCA